AUGGAACAAGGGAAUGAUACACGAAUUUCAGAAUUUAUUCUUCUGGGAUUAUCAAAGGAACCAGAACUGCAGCCCCUAUUAUAUGGGCUUUUCCUCUGCAUGUACCUGAUCACUGUGUUCGGGAACCUGCUCAUCAUCCUGGCUGUCAGCUUAGACUCCCACCUCCACACCCCCAUGUACUUCUUCCUCUCCAACCUGUCCUUUGUAGACAUCUGUUUCACAUCUACCACCAUCCCAAAGAUGUUGUGGAACAUCCAAACAUGGGACAAAGUCAUAACCUAUGAAGGCUGCAUCAUCCAGAUGUAUUUUUUCAUAAUGCUUGCAGGCUUGGACAACUUUCUCCUGGCUGUGAUGGCCUAUGACCGCUUUGUAGCCAUCUGCCACCCCCUGCACUACACAGUCAUCAUGAACCCCAAACUCUGUGGGAUUCUGGUUCUGGUUACCUGGAUCAUCAGUGUCCUGCAUUCCCUGUUACAAAGCUUAAUGGUGUUGAGACUGUCCUUCUGUAGAGAGGUGAAAAUUUCUCACUAUUUCUGUGAACUCAAUCAGAUAGUUCAACUUGCCUGUUCUGAUAACUUUCUUAAUAACAUGGUGAUGAAUGUUGCAGCUGGACUCCUGGGUGGCGGUCCCCUCACUGGUAUCUUUUACUCUUACUUUAAGAUAGUUUGCUCCAUACAUGGAAUCUCAUCUGCUCAGGGGAAGUAUAAGGCAUUUUCCACCUGUGUGUCUCACCUCUCAGUUGUAUCCUUAUUUUAUUGUACGAGCCUAGGAGUGUACCUCAGCUCUGAAGCAAGCCAUAGUUCACAAUCAAGUGCAGUUGCCUCGGUGAUGUACACCGUGGUCACCCCAAUGUUGAACCCCUUCAUCUACAGUCUGAGAAACAAAGACUUAAAGAGGGCUCUGAAUGUGUUCUUUAGAAUGGCAGCUAUAAAAGGGCCAGUUGUCCUGGGCUGA